AUGGAGAAUGUUUCUGAAACAGUUGCUCGCCUGUUACAGCUACUGGGUAUUGGAGUUGCCCACACCCCCAAGGCAACAAUGAGGUCAAAGUGCCCUCCGUCUCGAGCAGAAACAGCAAACGUCGCCUAUCGCGUUCAGUACAGUUCUUGCGAGGCGAACUAUAUUGAGGAGACUGGAAAACGACUACAGACCUGCAAGAGCGAGCACGCAAGUGCAGUGAGAAGGAUGGGUCAACUCUCGUUGGUGGCCGAACAUUGCGCGAGCACUGGCCACGCCUUCACUUUUGAGGACGGCAAAAUCUUAGGCCGAGGCAGUGAGCAAGCGGCCAAAGAAGCACUUGAAGCAUGA